AUGGCUGUGUUGAAAGCAACAACUUGUAAGGAAGCGAUCGCUCGGUGGGAGAAAAAAUCAGGCGAGACCGCAGCAGAGGCGAAAAUUAUAGAGAUGCAGUUUCAAUGGCCACCGAUUGAAAAAAUGGACGGAGCCUUAUCCACUCUAGUCGCAUGCGAGAAGUUGAGCCUUUCGUCCAAUAUGAUCGAUAAGAUCGUUGGUAUCGCUGGGAUGAGAAGUUUAAAGAUUCUCUCUCUGGGCAGGAAUAACAUAAAAUCUCUAGCUGGUCUUGAAACAGUUUCUGAUACAUUAGAAGAGUUAUGGAUCAGUUACAAUCCGAUUGACAAACUCAAAGGUAUUGGUGCAAUGAAGUCUCUUCGUGUGCUUUAUAUGUCCAAUAAUGCGGUGAAGGAGUGGGCCGAGUUCAAUAGGCUGCAGGAAUGUCCAGCUUUACGAGACCUCGUUUUCACUGGAAAUCCCAUUUGUGAAAACCAACCAGAUGUGGAUACUUGGCGUACGCAAGCUUCUAAUCGUCUACAACAAAUUACGAAGCUUGAUGGUAUACCUAUACUGAGAGACACCGACUGA